CCGCCAAGCCAAUGUUGGUUGAAACAAACCCUGAAGAACGAAAACCAUCUCCCAUUUUCUGCGCAACGUCAAACCCACUCCCUCUCUAUCUCUCUUCACAACUCGAUCGAUCGAUCUCUCACCGAUUCGAAGCAAAAGCUCUGAUCGUCGCCAGCUUCAUCCGCUUCUCCUGAUACUUCGUCUGGUCCUGUUUCAGCAAUGUGUGGAGGUGCCAUUAUCUCCGACUUCAUCCCCAACCCGAAGUCUCGCAGACUGACCGCGGACUUCCUAUGGCCCGAUCUGAAGAGAUCGCCGGGCAAGCAGUCGAGGAACCCGGCCAGAUCGGAAGUCGUCGACCUCGUGGACGAUGAUUUCGAGGCCGAUUUCCAGGGUUUCAAGGACGAUUCCGACGUCGAGGGCGAUUUCGACGAUGAGGUCGGUGCUGAUGUCAAGCCCUUCGCUUUCUCUGCUGCUGCUUCCAAGCCUCGAAGCUCUAAUGGCUCUUCAACCACCAAAACUGUGGAGUAUAAUGGGCAAGCUGAGAAAUCUGCCAAGAGAAAGAGGAAGAACCAAUAUAGGGGAAUCAGGCAGCGUCCAUGGGGAAAAUGGGCUGCUGAGAUCCGUGACCCAAGGAAAGGGGUCCGAGUUUGGCUUGGGACAUUCAACACAGCAGAAGAAGCUGCCCGAGCUUAUGAUGCUGAGGCACGGAGGAUUCGUGGCAAGAAAGCUAAAGUGAACUUCCCUGAUGAUUCUUCCAACUCAUCAUCAAAACGCUCUGUGAAGUCAAAUGCUCAGAAACUUCCCAGGACAGCAACAAACAACUCCCAGCCAAAUCUGAAUCAAAAUUUCAAUUACGCGAACAGCUCUGAUGAGGACAUUUACGGUUCCAUGUGUUUCGUCGAAGAAAAACCGCCUACUAACCAAUUCGGAUACAUGGAUGCUUUUAAUGCCCAAGGGGUUUCUGCACUGAAAUCUCUUGCCCCUGCUGACAAUGCCCCCUUGUGUUUCAAUUCAGACCAGGGAAGCAACUCAUUCGAUUGUUCUGACUUCGGUUGGGGUGAAAAUGGCCCAAAAACUCCAGACGUCUCAUCUGUACUUUCUGCCACUCUGGAAGUUGAUGAAUCUCAGUUUGAGGAUGCUAACCCAAGUAAGAAAUUGAAGUCUGCUUCUGACCACAUUGUUUCUGAUGAGGAAAACACUGAUGCAAAGUCAUUCUCCGAGGAGCUGUCUGCUUUUGAAUCCCAGAUGAAGUUCUUCCCGAUGCCAUUUUCGGAUGGUGGCUGGGAUCCGUCAGUGGAAGCCUUAUUUGGUGGAGAGACGACUCAGGAUGGCGGAAAUGCGGUGGAUCUCUGGACCUUUGAUGACCUCGCCCCGAUGAUGGGGGGAGUCUUCUAAAAGGAGUUACCAUUGGCUGGUGUUUUUAUGUAAAUAAGGCUACAUGUUAGUAAGCCCUCGACUUUCUGCCUGUCGUAUUAUAUUGAGUUUUCCGAUGUUGAUUAUCCUAGUCAAUGAGAAAGAGAGCUUGUUCCCUAAUAAGCUAUGGUUUCAGGAAUGGUUGUCUGCUUUGAUGGAGGAGUACAAACGGUUGAACAUGGUUGAGCCUCGGAUGAAGUGUGGUUUCCCAGGCAGAUAUAUGCUAUAUUGAAGUAUGCUGCUGACUAGGCUUCGUUUCAAUGUCCAGACCUUAUUAUUCGAAUUUUGAACUUAUGUCUGUAAUUUGAUGAUCAUGUAUGGUAAAUGCUGAAACUUUGAUGACAGCAAAAGCUUGUUCUGUUGGCCAGUGUGCUUCCCUUAAUAAUUGCCAGGGCCUGUGCAAAUUUUUGUGGCA